AUGGCUGAUGUUGAAUCUGGCAUGAUUAAGGAGGGCUUAGCUGGCAUUGCCUGGAAAGGAGCCGCAUGCGUUGUGGCCAGCGGUAACAAGCGUUCUUUCAACACUGGUAUGGGUGAGGAUAUUGGCGCGUACUAUGUGGGCGUGAUGACUGCCGCCCACGAAGUAGCACAUAAUCUUGGUUCUCCUCAUGAUGGCAAAGAUGGAGCAGAAGCGUGUUCGUGGGACGACGGCUACAUAAUGAGCUACGUUCCAGAAACUGAUGAAGGACUAUAUGACCAGUGGCGACGCUGCCUGCCUUCAGACGACCCAAGUAGGAGAGAAUAUUCCUCUUCCCAGCUGCCAGGUGAAGUCGUCUCCAUGGACGAACAGUGCCAAAAGCAAACUGGCAAGUCGGAAGCCUAUGCCUCGAAAUCCGUGUCUGAGGACUCUCUGUGUGUCCAGCUCGUAUGCCAGUGGCAGGUGAAGGAUGGCUACAGCAUCUGGACCUACACCCAGUCGACAGGACGUCCAGCUGCCGAGGGUUCCGCAUGCAGGAGUGGCGGUGUCUUUACCAAUGGAUCCUGUCAAUAG